CUAGGACAUUUUGAGUGUGUAAUAUUUCUUAACUUCAGACAACAAAAUCAGUAUUACUUUGAUAUAGGACGAACAGAAGGUACAAAUACACUGCGUAUUUCAAGCUAAUCAUGCCCUCCACCUCUCAUGAAGCCUCUGCAAGCAGCACACAGUUCCAGAAUCAACGACAAGGCAUUGCGCGUCUCUUUGUUGGGCAGCUUAACUUUGACGCCACCGAAAACGACGUUCGUCAGAUCUUUUCGUUUUACGGUCACGUCCUCUACGUCAAUACCUUACAGGACCAGAAUGGCAAAAACACGGGAUCUGCGUUCGUAACUUAUGCCACCACCGACGAGGCCGACGCCGCGAUUCAGGCUCUCCAUGACCACUAUAACAUGGGACGGGAUAAGCCAUUGCAGGUUUCCUAUUGUAGGAGGAGCGAUUUAAUCUCUCCCUUUGGGUAUCAACACGCGUUGGAGAUUCGCGAUCGAAACAAAUCCAACCCGCUUCCCCCGCUGCAACGGAUACAGUGAAGGGGCUCCAUAAAAACCAUACAUGCUGAUAUGUAUAUCUAUAUAUCUAUAUAUAUGUAUGUAUACGUGUGAGCAAUGUAUCUUUUAAUGGAAAUAUCAUACUUUCAUUUUUAUCGAGGUAACAAUCUGCUUCGUAGUACAUUGAUAUAUUUUUAGUCAUCGUCUCUUCGAUUCUAGGAAUUGAUGAGAGUUGUAUUUUAUUCUCAAAUUUGCAUCGGCUCUGCGAGGGUUGAUGAAUUACUUGUGUAGUUAUAUAUUACAAUUAAGUUUGCGUCCUAAUUAACAGGCCUACUAGUUUGCUACUUUGUGUUACUUUUUAUUUCUUUUUCGUAUUUACUUCAAUCCCAAUUCAAGGUUGAAAGUGUAAGUAUGGAAAGGAGGCGGAGAGGGAAAGUGAGCCUCUACGCGUCCCAGAGAGCAUAAGAUUUGAACGAAUCUGUGCAUGAUGUUCCUUCAGAACUCAUUCGAUCACUUUCAUAUCCUUUAAUACUCACUCCUUCUUAUAAAUGCUGUAAGGAUGACCAAAAAGCCAAGUAAAUCGAAAAAAAGUAGCCAGUGAAACAAGAGAAUGGCUUAUGUAAAAUAGUUCCCACCCAUUUUAGCUUUCCACACCUACUGU